CAACUGCAAUUUUUAAAUGCUGAAGCUGAAUUCGUGCUCAUAAGUCAUAACCGGCCACAGCUUGAGUUCUUGCACCAUCUCCGUUGGCGAACUUCCCUGAGCAGAACUCCGUUGACAUAGAGAGAAAAAAAAGCGCCAUGAAAUCUCUGCUCAAUCCCGAACCUUCCAUCUCGUCUUUCUCUUCCAUUCGCACCAACAAGUUCCCGAAAUUUCCCAUUUCAGACACCAAUUCACGCCUCAAGUUCCCUGUAAAAGAUCAGAACCGUUCAAUUGGAGGAAAUUCUCGUUUGAAAGUGAAAGCCGUAUUGGACUCGUCCACAAUAGACCAGUUGGGGAUCUCGGUACAUGAUAUCAGAAAUCCAGGGAUUUCGUCUACGUACCGGGGCUCAAAGUUACCCAAGCCGAAUCAAACGGUGCUGGAGGCGCAUGCUAGGGUUUGCACCGGACCCACACAGACCAAGCCUCUCACCGAGGAGCAGGCUUUUAAGGUCCUGGACACCAUCUUAAGAUCAGUUGGGGGGAACCUCAAAGAUGAGGAGGAGGUUUCUAGAGCACAGCUUGGGGCCUUUUUUGCAGCAAUGACCAUUCGUGCAAAUUCAUUUCCAGAAGUAACCCAAUGGAGCCAAGGGGAAAGGCGUGCAAUGAACAUAUUCUGGCCGCUUUUAGUUCGAGUUCUCCCACAUGACCUGAUCUUUAUUGCUGAUCCUGAGGGCUCAAUUAUGGGAGCUGGAAGUUCAAUUGGCCCCCAAUAUGUUGGCAGUGGCACUAAUGAAAUGAGAUUGGUUGGUGCCCUCAGAGAAGUUUUGGCAGGAGGUCACCUGGGAUACGAAGAAGUCCAAGGUGUUCUGAGGGAUGUGCUCCCAUUGGAUGUGGAAAAUGGAAAAUCCAGAGUAAGCGAGUCACUGUUAUCAGCAUUUUUAAUUGGUCAAAGAAUGAACAGGGAAACGGAUCGUGAGCUAAAAGCAUACUGCCUUGCAUUUGAUAAUGAACUUGGUCCUCCUCCGGUUGCCGAUGUUAGAUCACUGACUCAUUAUGGUGAGCCUUACGAUGGGAACACACGUUACUUUAGAAGCACAUUGUUUGUUGCUGCUGUUAGAUCCUGUUACAAUGAAUCUUGCUUGCUUCAUGGUGUGGAAUGGAUGCCACCAAAGGGUGGUGUAACUGAAGAACAAAUGCUGAAGUAUAUGGGAGCAAAUACCAGCUUAUCCCCCAUACAGGCGAAAGAACUUCUAGAGGCGGAUGAGGAGGUUGGUUUUGCCUACGUAAGUCAGCGAAUAUCGCAGCCCUCGCUAUAUUCAUUAAUUGGGUUAAGGGAGCAUAUAAAGAAACGUCCUCCAUUGGCUACAACUGAAAAGGUUCAACAAUUUGUGAGGGCUAGUGGGAGGGAAUCUAUUGUUGCAGGAUUUUAUCAUGAAGGUUUUGAGGAGCCUCUACUGAUGCUUAUGAAAAGACGAGGUGUCCAUUCUGGUCUCGUGGUGAAGGGUGAGGAAGGGGCACUAUCAAUGACAACAAGAUUGCGGUCAGUUAAUGCCUCAAGAGGACUUCCUGUGAACUACUGUUCAGGGUUUCGUUCGUCAAGCGUCUCAUCUGCCAUUGAACUUGAUGGCGUUUCGCGUCAGACUUUUAGUGUUGAAAUUAAUGCUGGGGACUAUGGGUUUGAACCCACUGAUACUCCAAGAACAGAUAGAUCGGUUUUGAAAAACAUAGAACUUGGGUUAGCAGCUCUUAGUGGACAGAAGGGACCAGCAUAUGAUCGAAUUGUCCUGAACGCUGGAAUGGUGGAUCACUUACUGGGAUGUGAUGGUGCACAAGAUGCAGUUGUAGCGCUGGAAAGAGCAAGAGAAGCCAUUGACAGUGGUAAGGCCCUUAAGAGGCUGUUGAAUUACAUAAAGGUCUCUCACAAAGUAUAGUGAACCUGGCUCUGCGGUGUGAGGUUUUGCUGUUUAUUACUGUAAACCCUUUUGUUGUUGCCUCUAAUUAUUCACAUAAAGGAUGCCAUUGACAAUGGCAAGGCCCUUAAGAGGCUGUUGAAUUGUUAUUUGGUGAGGCUGUUGAAUUGUUUUUUUUGGUGAGGCGGUUGAAUCACAGAUAGGUCUCUCACAAAGUUUAGUGAACCUUGCCCAGCGGUGCUUGGUUCCUUCGGGGAGAGGUUUUGUUUUUUAUUAUUGUAAAAUUAGCCUGGCAACUAGUUUGCUGUUUUUUUCCCCCUACCUAUUUUAUUGUUUUGUACAAAUGAUAAUGAGAGAGUUGUUACAAUUGUAAUUGUAAUUUAUGGUUUUAAAUA